AUGGUGGCUUCUCCGCAGCCUGCUGGGGAUCAGGCCUUGUUAGAUCGAGGUUCCAUAUACAAUGAGCCCGCAUAUUACCCUGGUCCAGCACCGGACGUGCUUGUUUAUGCGGGUACAGCACCGCAUAAGCAGAUUGUCAAAACCGAUUUGCCGGCGCUGAUAGUGAAAUUGACUUCCCCGCUCGACACAAUCGACUACGCGUUUCUUUCAGACUUCUUUCUGUCUUACCGGAAGUUCAUAAGCAGUGUUGAUCUUUUGAGGUUGCUUAUAAGUCGAUUUCAAUGGACUGUCGGUCAAGCUUCAGAUGCCAAUGCAGACCGCAAAAAAACGGGAGAAGUGACACUUAUAAGAACUUUCGUGGUGCUGAGACAUUGGGUUUUGAACUAUUUCACCGAAGAUUUCCUUGCGAGUCACUCUUUGAGGCAGCAGUUUGUGGACUUCGUCAAUAUUUUAAGUGAGCGCAUUCACGAGGAAAAUUGUCCGAGGGUCCUGAGAGGGGUUGUGGUUAGUGUGAAGAAAACAUGGAUUUUGUCCCUCGAGCUGGCCUAUCAAGACUUCAAACUGGAGGAACUGCCUACUAACUUCGACGAAUGGCUUUCUCUUCCAUUGCAUAGCUUCGCAUCGACAACAGCAGACUCGAACAAGAGCAAGCGAUUGAGCUUUUACGCGCUCCAAAGUACAAAUGACCCACAUUUUAGGAACAGAAGCGUGCUGUCCCUCUACAAUAGCGAGGACAAAUUUCAGCUAACGCCCAAAAAUGAAAAGUCUCAACAGGAGGCGAGUACGAGUGCACCCAGGACAAGAACAGCAAGCAUGUUUCUGUUUCCAAAGGAUAACUUUUUUACUGCAUCUACCAACCAACCAGUUGAUAAACAACAUAAAGAAUCUACGGCUGAAGUUGCCGACGAGGAUCCUGGCUCACUUUCGAAGCAAGGAAGUAUUGGCAACGUAAUAAAACAUUUGGACUACCCCAACUCGUCCUCAGUUCAAGAAGUUAUUCCACCAACGCCAGCCAAAAACGUUGAGUUCAUUCUACGAUCGUCUUAUCUCCCGCCAGAGGCUCGUUAUAGUGGAGAAAAUACCGACGAAGGCGGCGGCGUACGUCAGCAUAAAGGAAUUGUUGGGUUGUUAAAGAAAUGGAGAAAUGAUAAUAAAGUCCAUUCAGAGUCCAACUCUCAUAUGGAAGAAAACGCUACCAACAUUGACAACAUGAUAAAAUAUGUGUUCUCUAUCACCUCAAUGGAUGUCUCGACCAAUCGCCCGAGUCAGCAGCGACUAAGCUUUCCUAGGGGUUUUGACAUUUUGAGCGCACGUACAAUCGAUGAAGUCGAGUUUUUGGUGGCAAUGCGAAAUGAGCUCAGAACUAAAGUCCACGAGCAGACUCCGCCACUUCAAAAAGUUAACGAAAGCAACCACGAACUAGAAAAUGGACAUGCUUUUAGUGCCAUAGACAAUUUAAACCUUUACCAGACGGUAAGCUCGAUAGCCACUUCUGUUCUCUCACUUUCCAAGACUUUGCACCAGCAGCAACUAAUCUCUCCUACCGCCGCUGUCAAAGAACGACGAAUUGUAAUGAAAAAUAAGGCCAUAACGUCAAGAACAGACACAAAUCUUCGAGGUACUGUCAGCCAAGAAAAGUCUUCUAAUACUGGGAAAAGUAAAGAUCAACCGGAAAAGCUUGUUUUUUAUGACAUUGCAGGUGCAGAGGAAUCUUCGCAAUCGGUUCAAAAAUCUUCAUCUCCAUUAAAAGGUUUAAUAGGGCAAGCGCGUCCAAUGACUCUCACAAAUUCAAGCCUUUCCUCUCCCGCGGAGGAGGAAACAACUGCAAAAACAGUGCCCCAAGCCACCUUGCAUGUGAAGAUAGCGACUUCAGGGACCGAACAAUUAAGCGACGAUGAGCCCCGUUUAAAGAGAAAGCUAGCUUUGUCGAAUUUGAGAGAGUUCAACUUUGAAGAAGAAUACAAGGAAGAGCCUCAAGUCGACAAAAGCGUGAAGAUUGACUUGCAUAGCGAAAGCGAGGGCGAGAAUGGCGAUGAUUCUAGCUUCUUUACAUCAUUUGAGGAAGAUAUGACAACACUAGAGUCAAAGCGUCUAACUUCUUUAUCAUCCCCAACCUUCCCUAGCACUGUUAUAAGCAGCGGUCGCAUUAGCAUUCAAAAAAGUAUACCAGAAGUAGAUGAUGGUGCGGUGGAUUAUGAUACCUUCAAAACCGACCAAACACCUUUAUCUCGAGCUUCAAAGAUUGGCGAAGACGUUUUCACAAAAGUGGAUAACGAGCUCAAGUUGCAAGAAGCAGAAAUAGACAGGCUCGAAAAGCACACAUCGAUACUUGUUUCGAACCUGGAGACCGCGAGACGAGUGAAAAGAAACAGUUCUGAUACCAGGUCAAUAGCUACCGAGCUCCUUUUCCCGUCACGGCAAGCAAGUCGGCAAGCGAGUCCCAAUAAAGCCAGGAGUAGGCUUUCUGAUCGCCUCAAAAUCAUGAACUUGAAUGAAACGCCCAAAGAUAAAAGCAUGGGUUUGGCAGCAACGCCAAGCAUUCAAUCGAUCAUCAGUGAUCAUUCUUCAAACUCCUUUCAUACAAUCGAUACAUUCAAAGCUUACAACGAAAAAGGUAGCGAUCCUGUUAACUCUGUUAGAGACAGUGCCAAGAUAUCACUAGAGAAUCUUGACGAGAUAGAGGAGCAAGGUAUCAAGUAUCUGUUUUCUCCCGACAAUGAAAGCGUUGAUUGCAUAUCACCUGAAAGGAACGUGGAGAACUUGCGGAACAAAUUCUUGAGUGUGCAUGAGCUGGAGGAGUCGGACAUAACCGAAAGCAGCCGUUCUAAAGGAGAAACUACGGAGAACGGAGAGCAUCACAGGCGGACAAUCACCCCCAUCGUCUCGCCGAAUAAGAUAAAUGAAAGCAAACUAGAUGUUUUUGCUAGUAUCGCCGAUGAAUCGAUUGGUGAUGACCCGAUAAACACCACGUUGAUGAAACUGCAAGGGUUAUAUGAAAAGGAAUCCAAACCCAAUGGCGACCAAGACUCCGUAAAUCUUGCCACUGAAGUCGAAGAGUUAGGCUUGAAAAAUGUCAGAUGGUCGAUGCAAAGCUCGCGCCCAAGAAAUUCCAUGUUUAUAGACAGGAGACGGCGUGCCAAAAGCGAUACGUUUUUGACACCGACAUCAGAGAACGAAACCGAGCAUGUCAACCCCAGCCCGCCAGACAUCAACAUAUCCGAACUGCUUCUUAACUACGUUCCGCGCGACAGUAGGCUUCAUGCCAUGAAUUCAGGACAGCAUAUUCCAUUCAUUUUAAUGUAUGAUUCCGUAUCGGUUGCACAACAGUUAACGCUCAUUGAGCGGGACAUUAUCCUAGAGAUUGACUGGAAAGAAUUAGCAGAUUUGAAGAUCAAGAAGAAAGUGCCUGAGGUCAAGAGCUGGCUGCAGUUGCUUUUUCUUAACGAUGGGCUAUCCGGCCUCGACCUGGCCGUGUCAAGAUUCAACUUGACCGUCGAGUGGAUCAUUUCAGAAAUUGUUUUGACUUCAGGAAACAAACUGAGGCGAAAUGUCAUUCAAAGGUUUAUUCACAUCGCCGAGCACUGCAGGAAUUUCCAGAAUUACAAUACAUUGAUGCAGAUCGUUUUGGCGUUGAGCUCAAUCACCGUCCAACGCUUCAAAGGUGCAUGGAUACUCAUCGAACCUGGAGAUCUUCUCACGUGGCAGAACCUCAGAGAUUUACCGUCGUUGGAAAGAAACUACCGGAACAUGAGAGUGCUGCUCAACGACAUGAAUCCAAUGACGGGAUGCAUUCCCUUCCUAGUGGUGUAUUUAUCAGAUCUGACACUCAACGCCGAGAAAAGAGACUGGAUCGUUCCUCACAAAGUCUUGAAUUAUGGUAAAUUCCAGACAAAUAUACAGAUUGUCAAAAAUUUCAUACUAAGAGCCCAAUGGUCCAAGUUCUACCAAAUCAAAGCGGAUGAUGAACUUCUCAGCAAGUGCGUUUAUAUCACCUGUCUGAGUCCGGAUGAAAUCGACCAGCUCUCCAAAACUAAUAGUACACAGCUUAGCUCAAUUAAGUAG